AUGGCUCCGCUGGGUCGGCUCAGGGCCGACAGGCUGAGAGACGGAGUGUACACGGCGAACUCACUGAAUGCCGAGUACUAUGGCCAGAGGGCGUCGAAAGGAGGCUUGCAGUUGACGGAAUCGACUCCCAUAUCACGACGGGCCGCCGGAUAUCCAGGCAUCGCGGGGAUCUUCACCCCGGAACAAGUCGAAGCGUUCAAGCCCGUUACCGAAGCCGUCCACGCCAAAGGCGGAUUCAUCUUUUGUCAGCUCUGGCACGCCGGAAGGGCGUCCAUCCCAGACUAUCUGGAUGGAGAGACUCCCGUCAGUUCGAGCGCGGUGGCCCUGCCCGGAAGUUUCGUUGGGCCUGGGCCCAAAGAGUACCCGGCAGUGGUGCCGAAGGCGUUGACGCAGCCUGAAAUCGACGACAUCGUCCAGGACUUCGCGGCGGCGGCGAAGCGAGCUAUCGCGGCAGGCUUCGAUGGCGUCGAGAUCCAUGGAGCCAACGGAUACCUGAUCGAGCAAUUCCUGCACGACAACAUCAACCAGAGAACCGACCAGUACGGAGGCAACAUCCAGAACCGCUGCCGGUUUCCGCUGGAGGUUCUCCGGGCCGUGACAUCGGCCGUGGGCAGUGAGCGAACCGGCAUCCGCCUGAGCCCGUUCAACUACUUCCACGGCACCCGCGACAGUGACCCCAUGGGACACUGGGCCUACCUAUGCGAGCAGAUCGUGGCUCUGCCUCGGUCGAACCGGCCGGCCUACGUCAACAGCAUCCAGCCGCAGUUCGACGAGAUGCUCUCCGAGGAAGCCAAGAUGAAGGCGCUGGCCGCGUCGGCAUCCACCAGUACCACGGCCAGUACCAGCGCCAGUGCCAGCCUUCUGGCCUCGGCCUCGGCCAAGCAGGACACCUCGACCUAUUCCCUGACCCCCUUCCGACGCAUCCUGCAACGCGGAGACAUCAAGUUCCUCGCCGCCGGGAACUACAACCGGGACAACGCGCUGCCCACCAUCGAAAACGACGAAGCCGACGGCGUCAUCUUUGGCCGACAUUUCAUCGCAAAUCCCGAUCUGCCACGCCGCCUGGCCGAGGGCUUGCCCUUGAACCCCUAUGAUCGCUCCACCUUCUACGGCGCCAAUCCGCCCUCCAAGGGCUACACCGACUACCCGUUCUGGUCGAGCGACUUGGCAUCUUCGCCGUCCCUCUCCGCCAGCGCUUGA